AUGGGUUUACUAACAAAAGGACGUCCGUUGACUUGGGAAGAAACAAAAAAGUAUGCGCAUCAUGUACGUGAACAUGGCAUCGAACAAUUUAUUCAUGUUUAUAAAGAACUCAAAGAUCGUCGAAAUGAUUGUCUUAAAUGGGGAGAUGAGGAUUACAUGAUUGAAGGAACGCCGGGUAAACCUUAUGGAUAUCUACCAGUACAUUUCAAUAUGGUAGAAGCUAAUAUGCGUUUACGUCGACAGCAAGGUCAAGAAUUACUCGGUGAAGAUGAAUAUGUAUUGAGCACUUCAAACUUUCCACGAAAUGGCUGUCCCGAUUGCACUUGGCCUACAUAUAAACCAGAAAUAAAUACAUCAUCAUCGGGUUCACUAUUUUUUCCCGAUCAACUCAUAUUUCCUAAUCAUCCACGAUUUAAAACAUUAACACGAAAUAUACGUUUACGACGUAAUGCUAAAGUUGCUUUUAAUAUUCCAAUUUUUAUUGACACGAAUACUCCUCGACCAUUUGUCGAAGAUUUUUCAAUUUAUGGUAAUGAUGCUGGUGUGAAUGAAACUGCUGCUAUUGAAGAUCAUAUUUAUCUUGAUGCGAUUGGCUUAGGUAUAGGUUGUUGCUGUUUACAAGUUACUUUUCAAGCACAAUCAAUCGAUGAAGCACAAUUUCUUUACGAUCAACUAACACCAAUGACUCCAAUUAUGUUAGCAUUAAGUGCAUCAUCACCAAUUUGGCGUGGAUAUUUGGCUGAAAUUGAUUGUCGAUGGAAUGUAUUAUGUGCAAUGUGCGAUGAUCGAACAGCAGAAGAACAAGGAUUUCAACCAUUAAAAAACGAACGUUUUCGUAUUUCUAAGUCUCGUUAUUCAAGUGUUGAUUGUUAUAUAUCACCUGACAGUGCUGUAUAUAAUGAUAUUGAUGUUGUUCAAGAUAAAGAUAUCUUUCAUAAACUCAUCGAAAAUGGCAUUGAUCAUUUAUUAGCUCAACAUUUAGCACAUUUAUUUAUUCGUGAUCCAUUGAUUUUAUACGAAGAAAUGCUUCAUAUUGAUGAUACAAAAGAUACCGAUCAUUUUGAAAAUAUCAAUUCAACAAAUUGGCAAUCAAUGAGAUUUAAACUACCACCAGCCAAUAGUGAUAUUGGUUGGCGAGUAGAAUUUCGACCAACCGAAUUACAAAUGACUGAUUUUGAGAAUGCUGCAUUAGUGACAUUUAUUGCUUUAUUAACACGUGCCAUAUUAACAUAUAAUUUAAAUUUACUUAUUCCAAUUUCUAAUGUUGAUGAAAAUAUGCAAGUUGCACAACAACGUGAUGCACUUCGACAUCAAAAAUUUCAUUUUCGAAAAUGUCUUUCGACAAAACAAACACCUGAUACACCAUUUUUUAUUUCUAUUCAAAAAAAUAAAUCUCAAGAAAUUGAACAUGAUAAAAAUGAAUGCGAACAUUGUCUUAUGACAAUCGAUGAAAUUAUUAAUGGAUCAAAUAAAUUUAUUGGUCUUUUAAAUAUUAUUCAAGAUUAUUUAUCUAAUAUUGAUGUAGAUGCUGAUACACAAGAUACUAUUAAUCAAUAUUUGAAUUUAAUCAGUAGACGAGCUGCUGGUACAUUAAUGACUAAUGCUACAUGGAUGCGUCAUUUUGUAGCAAAUCAUCCAGCAUAUAAACAUGAUUCAGUUGUUACUGAUGAAAUAGCUUAUGAUCUUUUGUGGAAAAUGAAAAAAAUAGCAAACGAUGAAGAUGAUUGUCCUGAAGUAGUACGAAGAAAAUUAUCGAAAACAACACUUGAUAUAACAGCAGCUGUUGAAAAAGAAAAAAAUGAAUUAGAAAUAAAACAAUCAUUAAUUCAUCAUAAUCAAUAA